CGCAGCGCUCUCUCCUAACACCGCCGGGGCUUCCGUUGACCUCUCAUCCGGCCAACCAUUCCCCGAGUGGAGGCUCUUACACGUUUCCUAGGCGUGUCAUAGCGGGGGAGCUCCCCCUUUUCUGGACAAUAUCAACAGGAGCCUGCUCCAGGAAGGGAAUGUCUUGCAGUUAGUUUUGUGUAUUUGAGAACAUCCUGCAAUGUCGGGGCUACUAAAUACAGGAUUGAAUGGGUCAGCUCCAAAUAAUCCUGAAACAACUGUUAGAGGAACAGUGCAAAGCCUGCAGGGGAUCCACGGGAAUUUCAAUAUGUCGAAUGUACAUGGUACAUUUGCAUCAAGAAAUUCAAAUAUGACUGGUGGUCCUUCUGGUAGUGUUCAGCAAGUGGGGAACCUUUCUAAUGGGAGAUAUUCAAUAAAUAACAUUCCUACUGUACUUCCUCAGUUAUCACUUGCUAAUUCCCAUGGACAAUCAGGGGCAACUAACAUAGGAGGAAGAAUUACAAAUUCAAUGACUAAUAUUGUAAAUGGGGGCAAUAUUACCAGGGGUCUAAGUGUUGAUGGAGGCUCAAGUAUGCACAGUGUUGCUUCUCGCAUAAAUUUAUCUGGUCCACAGAUGGUCUCAAUGCUAGGGAAUUCUUAUUCAGCUGGGUGGUCGCCCUCCUUCUGGUGGUGGUUCCCAGGGACAAAUAGGUUUCAUGCGGAAGCCCAACAUUGGGUUCUCGCAACAGAAUCAAGAAUUUAGUAUUCAAAAUGAAGAUUUUCCUGCCUUGCCCGGAUUUAAAGGUCAGAAAGAGCAACUUCAAGAAAGUAUGGCAUCUAUGAUGCAAUCCCAGCAUUUAGCUGUGGGAAGAUCUUCUGGAUUCAGCUUUGGUGGUAAUUAUUUAUCACAUCAACCACAACAGCAGCAAGCCUCAGCAGCAAAUGGGAGUGGGAUUUCUUUCCCCCCUGCAAGUUAUCAAGAUGCUCGUUUCCAUGGCCCUGAGGCUCGAAGCAUAGGCCCCCCUUCAACUGGAUCAGUUUCUUCCAACUUGUCAAAUUUGGGACCAUAUGAUCAACUUUUGGAACAGUACCAGCCAUUCCAAAGGCAAUCUCAAUUUCGUUCAAUCAGCUCAUUUAGAGAUCAUGAUAUGAAUCCACUACAUGCAUCACAAGCUGCUGAUCAAUAUGGAAUGUUUGGUUUGCUGAAAGUUAUUAAAAUGAUAAAUCCUGCAUUAAGUUCACUUUCUCUUGGGCUUGAUCUGACCUCACUUGGUCUGAACCUGAACUCACCAGAAGAUCUUCACAAGUCUUUUGCCUCUCCCUGGUCCGAUGAACCUGUCAAAGGAGAGCCUAAAUACACUAUCCCAGAUUGCUAUAAUGCUCAGCAAUUGGGUGUCCUAAAACAAAGUUGGUUCUCAAAGUUUAGGCCAGAGACAUUAUUUUACAUCUUCUAUAGCAUGCCUAAAGAGGAAGCACAACUGUGUGCAGCAAUUGAGUUGCAUGCCAGGGGAUGGUUUUAUCACAGAGAGCUCCGCCUAUGGUUCACUAGGGUCUCGAACGUAGAACCUCUUGUCAAAACGGCGAAUUACGAGAGAGGCUGUUACUUUUGCUUUGACCCCAAUGCUUGGGAGGUGGUGAGAAAGGAUAACGUUGUUCUUCAGUAUGAGAUGAUUGAAAAGGCCCCUACUAGCCUUGCUUAGAAGUUCUACUGGCUACAUUAUAUGGAAAGGUUCAGGGAAAAUUUAAGAAUGAACGAAUGGUUUACGA